AUGCAUGCAAUUUCUCGAAAUUUCUUAAGUUCAACAUUACAAAGUUUACAAAACCCUUACUAUUUAGUACCAGUUCUUUGGCGUAGUUUAUAUUUACGUUUUUACGAAAAUCAAAGACCUCAACAUGAAGCUUGGGAUGAAUAUUUAAUUAUUAAAGAAAAAGAAAUACAACUUCGUUCAUAUGUCAAUAAAUUAAGACAAGAAUUACUUGAACUUGAACGAAAAUGUACGGAAAAAAAUAGCAAUAUGAUUAAGAUAGAAAAAGAUACAGUCACAACAACUUAA